AUUUUUACGAUAAGCCCCCAAAAAAUACGCCGGCAAAAAAAUCCAAAGAGGUACUUUGAGUAGUGACUGGGUUGCUUCAACUGGAAUUGCUAUCCCACCGCAUAUAUCCUCCGGCACCGCAAUCCGAUACCGACAGCGAAAAUGCCAAAGGCUACUACUCCGACAUUAUCUCACAAGAGGCGCCAUAACCCGCUCGAGGACGAUCUCCUAUCGACUGGCGUUCUCAAAAAUGGGUCGGGGAAACAAUCGAAACGGGCGGCGCCGGAGAAGCCCGAGGAACAGUCGUAUGUCGACGCCAAAGCCUCGCGCAACAUCCUGGCCAUGAGCAGGAGCCUCAUUGAAGAGGAUGCCCAAGCCCGUGCGGACCGAAACCCGCCGCCCGUUCCGUCUGCCUUCGACUUCGACCCGUCCCGAUUCGAGGAGGAUGCCGAUGCCGGGGAGGACUAUGCGAACGAGGAAGCCUGGGGCGACGAGGACGACGUUGUCGAGGAGAUUGAGAUUGACGCCGGCGACCUCGAGACAUUCAACCAGUUCAUCACGCCCACUCUGAACGAGGACCCGCUCCUGACACACGGCUGGGAUGGCAAGCCCGAAGCCUCAGAUGCCGAAGGACUUGGCCCGAGCUUGGCAGACCUGAUUCUGGCCAAGAUUGCCGAGAAAGAGUCGGGUGGCCAGGGCGGACUACAAGAGCUCAGGAGCCCCAUCGAGGAGGAGUACGAGCUGCCGCCAAAGGUGGUUGAGGUCUUCACAAAGAUCGGACUUAUCCUGGCUCGGUACAAGUCCGGGCCGUUGCCCAAGCCCUUCAAGAUUCUGCCAACAAUACCGCACUGGGAGGACAUCCUGCAGCUUACACGGCCUGAUUCCUGGACACCAAAUGCUUGCUACGCAGCGACGAGGAUUUUCGUGUCUGGGAAACCGCUGGUUGUCCAGAGGUUUAUGGAGAUGGUGAUUCUAGAUCGUGUCCGUGAGGACAUCCACGAGCACAAGAAACUGAAUGUCCAUCUGUUCAACUGCCUCAAGCGGGGUCUGUACAAGCCCGCAGGAUUUUUCAAGGGUUUUCUCUUCCCGUUGGCGGCCUCGGGAACCUGCUCUUUGCGUGAGGCCCAGAUUAUCUCUGCCGUCUUGGCCCGAGUGUCGAUCCCAGUCCUUCACUCGGCUGCAGCCAUCAAAACGCUUUGUGAUAUUGCUGCCGAACAAGUUUCGCACCAGUCGGAGAGUGUCAGCGCGACCAACUUCCUCAUCAAGGUCCUCCUGGAGAAGAAAUAUGCCUUACCGUGGCAGUGUGUGGACUCGCUAGUGUUCCACUUCAUUCGGUACGCUGCGGCGACAAGGGACGUCGAUAUGACUGGCGCCAAGUCGUUGCCGGUAAUUUUCAAUCAGUGCCUUCUGGUCUUUGCUCAGCGGUACCGAAAUGACAUUACCGAAGAUCAGCGCGAGGCCCUGCUGGAUCUUCUCCUGGCGCACGGUCAUGAAAAGAUUGCGCCUGAAAUUAGGAGAGAGCUUCUUGCCGGGCGUGGAAGAGGUGUCCCGCUUGAACAGCCAGGGCCAGCCUUCGAUGGCGACGACACAAUGCUAAUAGACUCAUGAAGGACGGUAAUAAGCCAAACCCAAAAGAGACAUAAAUGAAUUAUGAGUUUUGUGCUUGCAUCGGCAAUGCAGCUCCGUGCCCGGACCGUCCCAUUCAAGGAGAGACUGAUACUCGAUAAUUAUGUGUUUGGCUCUCACGUCGCCAUGCUUAUGUCCAAUGAAUGAAAACCAUGAAUCUGCCCAAUCAGCGCGAGUCUCGGGAUAGGAGGCAAGGGAUCUCCUGAAGGGCCCUAUUUUCUCAAGCCAGACACUCACCAGGCUGCUUAGGUACUGUACCUCAGAUUAUAGAAAAGAUAACUGC